UUGAUGAUGCGAGCCUCUUGCAGUUCGUCACUGGUACCCCCUCACUGCAAGACCGUGAGUCUAGCCUCUUUGCACCAGGAUUGAUGCCUCUGGUGGCUUUUUGGUGAGCAGGACGCGGCAGGACAGCAGGACAUCAGCUUUGGCUUAUGGGAAUACUCAACCUCUUACCAUAGGAGAGAAAUUACACAAUAAUCUGGUUUACAAUUAAGGAAUACGCUGCACUAACACCAUCAGCACCUCCAAAGAAAUCAAAUUCUUCUGUUCUCCACGGGCGUAGCCUUUACCCAAGAAUUUUAGGCAACUAUGUCCAGGAGAAAGGUGAGAGGCCUGACCCGUACGGGUCGUCAGGUCAGUGAGGACCCAGACCUGGACAACCUGCUGUCCACCCUCUCCCCCGAGGAGAUGGAGGAGCUGGAGAAGGACAUGGAGAAAGUGCCAGACAUCAACCCAGAGGAUGGGAAGGUCAUCGUCCAAGGGGAGAGCCAAUCUGCGCAGCCACCAACAAGCAACAAUGUCCAGGAUGCUAAACGGGACGCCCAACGGGAGAGUGGAACAAAAGGGCGGCUCAGUCAGAGGGAACAGUCAUUUGAGGGUGAGCAAAAGAAGGAGAGCCGGAAGCAGGAAUACCUGAGGAAGAUGGGCCUGAGCCAGGAGGGGAAUGACGACGUGAAAGUAGGGUUACGUAGACAAGCUAGUAUGUCAAGUGAAAAAGAUAUCAAGGCAGACGACAGGAAAAGCAAAGGUCCCGAAUCUUUGAAAGAGGAGCGAAGUCGGCUUUCAAGUCGAUUCAGGAAGCAGGAGAGCAAAGAGAUUGACGUGAAAGAGGGGACCAGUGAAAAAGAGAAACGAAGCGAGGACAAUAAGCUAAGAGACAGAAGAGAAGACAGGGAGAGCACAGGUAGCAAAACAAAGGAUAUGAUCUCCAAGUUACAGGACAAAAAGGACGACAGCAGAGAGAAGGAGAGGAAAGAGGACUGCAGGAGAAAAGAUGACAGCAAAACCAAAGACAUUAUCUCAAAGCUACGAGAAAAGAGUGAAAAGGAGGUCGGCAAGGAAAAGGAGAGAAGAUCAGAGAACUUCAGGACACAAGGACUCGUCUCUAAAAUGUUGGAGAAGCAGAGCAAAGUACAAGAAGUCCAGGCUCCGGAGAGUAAACCAGAGGAGAAGAAACCUAAAGCAGAUGAGAAAAAAGCUGAAGAUAAAACCAAGCCUGAAAUCAAACUCGAGCGACAGCCGUCCAUGAAGGGUAACGUGCAAGUGAAACACGACAAGGCAGAAAAAAGAACAGACAGAGAAGAGCUGGUUAACCACAGUGACCAUGUGAAAGAGAAGGACAAGAAGAUAAGCACAGAGAAGAAAGUAGAGGAGAAAAAGGAAAAAGAGGAUGGGAAAGGAAAAGUUAAAAAAGUCGAAGAAAAAGAGAAAGUUGGCAACUGCGUGGCCAAAAACACUCCAAACAGCAAGAAAGCAGAAGAAGAGGAGGACGAAGACUCGAGCAUGUUUGAUGAGCUGAUGGCGCAGGUUCGAAGCAAUGACCCCUCGCUGACUGAGCUCAAUGUCAACAACUCAGAGGUCAUCAAGACGAAAACGCUCAUCGAGUUUGCAGAGGCUUUGCACAAAAACACUCAUGUUAAGAGCUUCGCUUUGGCGAACUGCCGAGCGGAUGACCACGUGGCUUACGCCAUCGCUGGCACGCUGCGUAGCAACAAGACCAUCACCAGUAUCAACCUUGACUCCAACCAUCUCACCGGCAAGGGCAUCCUGUCUCUCAUCCAGUCGCUGCAACACAACUCCACACUCACCGAGCUCCGUUUCCAAAACCAGCGUCACAUCUGUGGCGGGAAAACCGAGAUGGAGAUGAUCAAGAUUCUAAAAGAUAACACCACCUUGCUGAAACUGGGCUACCACUUCGAGUUAGCCGGGCCCAGAAUGACCACAACGAACAUACUGAGUCGCAACAUGGACCGGCAGAGACAGAAGCGCCUGCAGGAGCAGAAGCAGGCCCAGGCCAACGGGGAGAAGAAGGGGACACUGGAGGUGCCCAAGACGGGCGGAGGAGGAUCUCUAAGAAGCUCACCCAAAGUCUCCCCCAAAGUUUCUCCCAUACCCUCACCCAUGCCUUCGCCGAAACUGACUCCCAAAAGAGGAGCUGGAGGUCCGGCUCCACCACCACCUCCACCUCCUCCUGGGGGUGGACCUCCACCUCCUCCCCCUCCCAUGCUGAAUGUGGAUAGCUUGAGGAACUCUCUGACUCCGGUGUCGCAGAGGAAGCUGGAUGGAAAAAGCCCAGGUGCUAGUAAGAACUCAAGGGACCAACUGCUUGCCUCAAUCAGAGGAAGCAACAUGAAACAACUCAAGAAGGUGCCGGUGCCAAAGUGGUUGCAGUAAUAUUUCCUGUUGGAAUAUAAAGUGAAAAAAGAAGAAAGAGGGAGAACAGACAUCUCGCCACAGGUUUUCACAGAGAUAAACUCUACAAUCCCGUCAGAUGUGGUCAAAGCGCUGCGCUGUGGGACGGACAGAUGGAGAAGAUGAAUCAUAAGAUGCCCAUCGGUUGGAUGACAAGUCCUCACUAUGAGUUCUCCCCUCAAACACUGGACCAAAAGGACUCUGUGGAGAAUGAGUAUCGUAGGGGUCUCUAUUAGCUGACUGCAGAGAGUGUGUUGAGUUUGUGAUUGUUUGUCUUCAGUUCAUAUUGACGCUUUGCUGGUUAUUUGCACUAGGUGAUAUGAAGCCGAUCAUAUAACAUGUUGGCUUGUGUAUGCAGCUGAAUGUGAGCAUGGUGGGAGUGUAUGAUGAGCUUUAAUAAGAGAUUCAAAUAACUCUUUAUAAAAUUCUAAUAUACAAAAGUCUAUCAAUUAUAUAGUGGACAUUAAUUUGACCAUUUAUUUAUUUGUGGAGAGGGAAUCCACUCCGUACUUGUCAGUUGUAAAUCUGCUCAAACUGGGAAUUCUGAAAUGGCGAAAAUAUCAGGGAAUAAACAAACAUGGCGGCCUGACUUAAGAAAAAUCACAUUAUCUGGGUAAAGAAAAGACAAAAGGUCAAGGUGGUCUUUGAUUGUGCGUCUCAUUUUCAAAUCUCAAGACAUCUCAGGCAGAGUUUAAAGGAUUGGAAAGCAGCCCAGAGGAAUCCUGGUGCAUGACGAAAGAGUUUUAGCAUGAAAAUAAUUGCAUAAUACUUUUUUUUUUUUAAUCAGGAAGUGCAAAUGGCUGUCCUUUGGUAUCUGACGUUAUAUUUUGUGCAGAAUAAUUCUAGCCUGGGUGUUUGAAUAUCUUACAUAACUUUUAUGUAAUACAUCUACAUGUCUUAACCUUGGGGAUUUGGAAAACCAUUACUGGCUUUUAUCAACCCUCCUGUUGAUUUGCGCCGUACUUUUAAGUGAAUGUCAUUUCAAAGCAAUUUAAUGUGAUAAAAAAAAAAAUCAGAGUGGCACUCUGCUGAUAAUGAUGUGUUUUGUGUAAUGAAGGAUUCUCUGUCAUAUUUGAUUACACAUGCCUUUCUUACAGAGCCUGUAUGUCUUCAAUAAAAGACUCUGGUAUGUUUGCAAUGACAAGUCACAAGUGUGAUGUGAUGUUGUGCCUGGCUGAUAUGUACAGUAUAUGGAAAAUGAAAUACAACUAAUUUUAAAAUC